AUGAUUUUGUCCGCUACAUCUGGAAACAUGUCCGGAUAUCAACAGGCACCUUCAUAUGGAAAUUUCGACCCCCGUUGGUCAACUAAUCAACCCACAGGCUACGACCCUAAUAUGCCCUAUCCUCCAUACAACAUGAAUCAACCGUAUAUGUCUACCCAGGGUCCUCAAGCUGUCUAUGGCGCGAAUUUGGGCUAUUUGCCUACCGGGGAUCCACGAUUUUUGCACACGCAAGCAUCAUAUCUUUUCCCCCAACCGGUACCGAACCCCGCUCCAGCUAUGUACCACCGGGAAACCGACGCCCCGGAAACUGAAAAUUUGUCGGACACAAUGGACGUUGACGCGAGAGAAGAGGGCGAGUUGAGUAGCUGCGAGGAAGCAGCUGAGCAAAAGAGCUCCAACUCUGAGAAACAUUACUGUGCACAGCCCUCGAGAAGCAUAAAACAGAACUCUGCCAGUAAAAGCCUUGAAGUGAACGGACCUGAUCCAGCCAUCACAACGCCACGGGCGACACACGAUCACUCAGGAAAGAGUACAUCCGCUAAAGAGGAUAUACAAGUGAGUCCCUCAACUGGGAAGUCCCCUUCUCAAUUGAGGGUGCUUGCUCAGGGAGCACUGUUAAAUCUCGCACCUCACAAAAUUCGAUAUAACGAGCUGGUCGAAGAGGGAAUAGAUCCAACAAUUUUGAAACGCUUAUAUGAUGAGAUUGGGAUAAAAAUCACGGCAGAUCCUGUUAACAAACCAGUCCAAGCUACCGAAGGCCUUAGUGAUACCUCUAUUUUACAGCAGAGGCCCGAACAACCCAUAACUGCAAAUACCCCCAAUCCUCAUACCACGUCUAUAACACAAGAUAAAGCUGCGACGACGAAGAAAGAUAAUCAAAGCACGGGUGCUAACUCUAGUAAACCGAUGGAACGUAAAGACGUUAUUGCUCGUAUGUUAGCUGCGAAAGCUGCCAAAGCUGCACCGUCCUCAACAGCCAUUACCAAAGUUACGGAUUCAAAUCCAAAUACCAGCUCUCCACCCUUACCGCCAACCAAGAUGGCAAAUUCUCUCAAUGAAAAUUCCUCUCAGUCAACACUGACUACCAUGCAAAGUACUCGUGAUGAAGUUCGUACAAAAGAAAAGAAUAAAGCCCAAACAGAAUUAGCUAGGCAACGCAUGGAACAACUUAAGAAGCUGGGACUCGGAAAAUCUACUAUUCAAAUCCCUGGUCUCACUUCCACUUCCACCUCCACUCCCCCAGCGCCCAAUAUUCCCGUCUCUACUACCCCUCAGGAACCAUCGCCUCUCUCGCACCCUUUACCUGAUCGGCCUCCGCCGUCUGGAAAGGCUGUAUCAACCCAGAUUCCCGGUCUCAUCAUGACAAGCUCCGAUUCUCCUAAGGUCGACAACCCAACCCUUAGUGAACAAAUCCAAAAUGGAUAUAAAGAGGUGGCUGAAUUUUCUCGUCUUCCAAGAAAACGGCCCAGAGCAUCAGAUUUUACAGACGACCUUGAUGAUACGUCAGCAAAAAAACACCAAGCACCAGGGCCCCGCUCGGCUAGUGCUGAACAGAGAGUCAUCAUUGAUAUCAGUGACGAUGAGGCAAUGUAUGGCUCAGAUGGUGAAACUGGUGGAAUGACUGAUACCACAAAUAUGUCACAUACUACCAAUUCUACAAAACCGACGACCCGCGACUUACCACAGUUACCCGAUUUUCCAUCCCGGAACUAUGGUUCUCAUCGUUCUACCCCUGUUGCAAUGUCAAACACCCCUCCAAAUCCCGCGAAUGGCCUCCUUCAGAAAAACAUGGAGAUAUUGGCUAUGCGGCAAAGAAUUGCGGAGCUAGAGGCACGCCGUGUUAAAAAACAAGUAACAAGCCAAGCUCAAAGUUCUGAGUCCUCAAAUGCAUCAGCUGCCGCAACUUCUGAUGAAACUCAACAAGAAGCUGAGAAUUCAUCAUCUGAGCUUGAAAAUUCUCAGAAAGCAGUAAAUAAGACAGCUGAGUGUACCUUAAGCAGAUCCACCGAACCUACUGUGGCAGCCUCAGUGGCAUCUCACCAUGUAACAACCCCAAUAUCCAGUCCUUCUAGUGCGCCGCUAGGGCCUGAUUCCCGCCGCACUGGAGAAUUACGACUAAAAGCUCUACGUCGAAAAGAGAUUGAGUCUGGGCUUCCACUCCUCGACGCUGAAUUGCUAAGGACCGAACAGAAAUUAGCCGAAUUCCGUGAACAAGAAAAAAAGUUACUUGAACAAAUUGCUAAAGGCAGGGAAGGCAAGCGCAAGCUUAUUGAAGAGCUAGAAAGCUUGGGGAAAGAAACUGAGAACCUUUCGAUGUCAGAACUAAAAGAAACACCCAACGACAUCGCAAAUAUACACAGCAACUCCACAAAUGAGGAAGCUCAAGCUAUUGAAACUACCAUCGACCAGAAUAGCCAACAAUCCAAGGUUGUGCCUCUUUCUAAUGCAAACAAAGAUCUCAGCACCAACUUACCCGGUUUAAACGAAGCGGCUGGUGAACUCGAAGAUCAUUCAACUGGAGUCGACGAUAAAGUUUCUAACGCAGGCAAUCUGCAAGAUGAAGCUAUGGAUGAUGCCUCGUGCGGUAACCCGCGUGAACUUCGGGAGGGGUCGUAUUCUAGUUCGGCCAUGGAUGAAUCCAUGGGAAGCUCAGAGGACGAAUCAAAUGAAGAGUCAACUUCCAUGGCUAAGUCCUUAUCAUUUGCGAGUAAUGGGGACGAUGAAAUGGAGUCCACUAGAGAUCAUUCUCCCACAGCCGAAGGGGUCGAUUCACAGAAUGCCCUCCACGAAACAACUGCAACUUCUACAUCAUCCAAUCCAGACAAUGAUGAUGAACCCGAUAUUGUUCCACGAGAUGAGUCCGUGUCUGAUGGAUAUGAGCCGCCAGAGCCCGAUAUCUCUAUAGACUAUAACUCUCUAGAGAGCCCUCCAUUCAGCCCCGCCCCCCCUCAGCCCAUAGAACAGAUAUCUCUAGAGUCACAGCCCGUACCUGAAGACCGCGAUAUGCAAACGCUAACUCCUAGUGAACAAGAAGCGACCUCUAUGGCCGUUCCAGAACCCCCCACGAAUGAUGCCAAUGCGCCCUCACAUCAGUUCACUCAUCGCUUCAGCCCUUACCGUAGCCCAUUGCACUUGUUCAGAGCCUUCCGCUACCAUCCUGAUUUCGCAGAUCAUGUAAAUGGUGGUUUUCGCUCUCUAACAUACAGCCAUAAUAUUGAUCCACACAAGCCCAUAUGUGACGUUGAAAUUUCUGGUGGCGUUUGUGACGCUCCCUCUUGUGCUUUUCAACAUUUUCGCGACAUGAAUCUGAGUGAUGACAAAAUUCUCGUUGAAAUGGGCUCCUUACGAGAAGGCAAAACUCCAGCUGAACGUGAUGAGUACGUGACCGGGCUCAGACAAAUCAUCAAUGAUAUGCGGCGAGAUAAGGUGAAGGACUUUUCCAUCGUUGCGCAAGAAAUCGCUGCAUACCGCAGACGCUUUCUUCAAGAUCCUUCCCGAGUUCUAGCUCUGUAA